AUGAAAUGCGUCCCAUUCCCAUGCAACAGCGACUAUUACUAUGAUGCCCUUUCCAAUGUAGUCCUAUCUGAUGAUGAACAAUUUGAAGAUCUAAUCAACAAAAGAUGCGCGAAAAAAAAUGUACACCACAAUUUAGAAAAAAAGAUUAACCAAAUAAUACACGACACGAAAAAAAACUGUGAUAUUAAUUCAGAUUUUGAACAGGUCGAGAAACUUCCAAACCCCAAUUGUGAAUCCGCCUAUUCGGAUGAUGACUGUCUAGACGACAUAGAUAUCAUUUUGAAAAAAAAAAAAACUAAAAAUAUGUUCUCAAGAGUAAAUAAAAAUGACAUCCUUGGCCACAUCACAUUGCCCUCUAAAAACACCAAACAGAGAAUUUAUUCAUUACGUGAAUAUAGCCAAGAGGAAAAAAACGUAACCGGCACAAUUAAUGAGAGAAAUGACAACCCACAAGUUGACCUACCAAAUGAGGAAAUAAUUGAAAAAUUAAAAAAUGUUCUUUGUAACGGUUUAAAUAAAUAUAUUAAGGAUAUGUUGAAAGAGGAAAAACAGGAUUCCCCUUGUAAAGUAACAUACAAAGUUAACGACUGUACAAAUAAGAACAACUCCUACUACAAAACAUCUGAUAAGAAUAGGGACAUUUUUAAGGAGGAAUGUGCUAACCGGUGUGAAGCUCCGCGUGAAUGUAAUCCAAACAUGAGGCGAGAAAAUUCACUAAAAUCUUCCAAUGGCAAAUUCCUGAAUCGAAAAAAUGAAAAUACGCAUGGAACGAAAAUACACAACACUGAACAAACAUUUGAGGUUAAAACACACGGUAGUGAUAAACCGUCCAGAAAUCCAAGUUCUGUGAUUCACAAUAAAAAGGAAUAUGCUACUCCAACUUCAGCUACCAAGAGAAACACAAACUGGCGGAAAAAAAAUUGCAAACAUAAAUGUGCAAAUAGGAACAAAUCCAAAUAUACGAAAAAUAUUUAUCCUUCGAAGAGAAAAAAAUGGACAAACGAAAAUUCCCUCUCCUUAAAUAAAAAUAAAACCUUUCGCUGGGAAGGUAAUAUCGAAAUGUACGAUAAGCGAAUGAACUCUCCCAAGGGACACCUAAAAAGACACUCCAUCAAUUCCCCUAUACGGAUUAGCAACUCAAAUGCUAAACUAUCCGCACUGGAACAGCAACACACAUAUACUACAUCGAAAAUGAACUGCACAUCCGAUCCAAUUGAAGAUUUUGUCUUUAGCCAUUUCCAGAAAAACGCCAACAAUGACAAUUUAGUAGGAAAGUUCCGUUUUUAA